GCGCUCUUAAUUAACCCCUGCUAAACAUUUCCACGGUUAUACGAGUAAACAUCGAGGACAUGUCGUUACCGGGCUGCGGUGGUUAUCAGAGUCCAUGGUCCUCGCAGACGGGGCUAUCGGAGAUCGAGGGUACGAUGGGGGACUUGGAGCCUCUAGGAGAGCUCGCGGAGGUGGGCUUUGAACCGCAGACGCGCGCGCGCUCCAACACGUGGCCGCUGCCCCGGCCCGAAAACUACGUGGACCCGGCAGAAGAUUCCAGUUCGAAGAAAAACUCCAAUCAGAACUUGACCGGUGCGCCUCCAUUGCCGACGCCGGUGGGCAAGAAGAAUUCGUCCCGGCGUAACGCAUGGGGCAACCUCUCCUAUGCGGACCUCAUCACGCAAGCCAUCACCUCCGCGCAAGACAACAGACUUACCCUGUCGCAGAUCUACGAGUGGAUGGUGCAGAAUGUGCCAUACUUCAAGGAUAAGGGUGAUAGUAACUCAUCGGCUGGAUGGAAGAAUUCAAUACGACAUAACUUGUCACUACACAAUCGGUUUAUGAGGGUGCAGAAUGAAGGCACCGGUAAAUCAUCGUGGUGGAUGAUCAAUCCUGACGCAAAACCGGGAAAAUCAGUCAGAAGACGGGCGGCUUCCAUGGAAACGUCAAAGUUUGAAAAAAGAAGAGGUCGAGUCAAAAAGAAGACCGAAGCGCUAAGGAACGGUGCAACCGCAGACGCUACGCCCAGCCCCAGCAGCUCCUUGUCGGAGAGUCUCGACAUGUAUCCAGACUCACCUUUACCCAGCAGUGGUUUUCAGUUGUCCCCGGAGUACCGACAGAGGGCGUCGUCGAACGCGUCGUCCUGCGGCCGGCAGUCACCUCGGCCCUCGCUGCAACCUUCAGAACCGGACUGGGUCACAGAUUCGUACAACCCAGCAGAUCUGUGCUCUGGUGACUUCACGGGUGGUGAUUUCGCAUCGACCAGUGAUUUCCCACAAGUCGACUACGCACAAGAAGAACAGUUGGCUGGUUCGCUAGCUGACUCUAUGAAACUACAAGGCGCCGACCCAUUCCUAAAUACAUAUGUGCCAACAACGUCGUCUUCGGGCAGCGGCUACCGGUACUCGUUCGCAUGCCCGCGUCACCCGCACGGCACGUGUGGCUGCUCGCUGUACCACCCCGCGCACCCCGCGCACCCGCACCAGCACGCUCUCGACCACUUCGUGCGACCCCCGCCGCCGGCCGACCCCGCGGACAUCAUGCACGCAGAGAACACAAGCCGCAUGGUAACAACGGAUCCGGCGCUGAUGAAUGGCGGCAUGAUGGUGCAGGCGGGUGCACUGGGCCCGCCUGGUCUGGGGCCCACCACCGUCAUGGGCCAGAUCAUGGGCGCGCUCAACGCCGGCCUGGCGGAGGACCUCAACAUCGAAGCUUUGGAGCAUGAAUUCGACUGUAACGUCGAUGAGGUCAUAAAACACGAACUAAGCAUGGAGGGCACGUUGGACUUCAACUUCCCGCAGCCGCACAGCGCUAUGGCCGCAGAGGCCGAGACCCAGUUCCAGGCGCCCGCGCCGCCCGUGCCCACCACGCUCUCCGGCGGCGGAGCUCCCCGAACCCCUUAUUCCGUCGCCCCCUCCUGGGUCCAUUGAGCGCGGAACUAAAGGCGCCGUCACACUACACCCAUUCGUAGAUCGGUCGACGUUCGGAUAAUCUCGAUUCGGGUUUAGGUUUUAUCCUUGUUGUAAAUAAGACGCGAACAGAUCAUGUUUAAGUUCCCUUUUUGUUACUUUAGUGUAUUUAGUCGACAUUUUUUUUAUUUGUUACGUUAACUAAUGUUAAAAUUUUAUUUAGUGUUAUCGCUAAGUGAUGUUACCGAUCGUUGUUGAUGUGUCAAUUGUGUUAAGUUAGGAUUUAGUGUUAAGCUAGGUGGAAGCUUGUGAUAUAGUUAGGCUAGGCUUGUUGCUUGGGCCGAGGCGGGGCGGGGGCGAGACUGGCGGACACCAUUUCAUGUGGGCGGGCGUUACAGCUGAGAAG